CAAAGGGAACCCUCUGAAGUGCCUCUCAGCCACAGCAUGACCAGGACCGAGAGCCUGAGACCGUGGACCUAACAAAACAAUGUCCAGCCUAAUUCUGAGACUACCCAACGCACAUCCCAUCAUCAUGGAAAGAGAAGACAGUGGGAGAAACAAGACCAUUGGAAAGAACUUUAUGUGUCGACUCCAGUGCAUGUUCACGCAGCCAUCAUGUCCAGACAGCAGGCUAAGUUUAGAAGAUACCCAACAAUGGUCACAGUCACUGGAAAGGCUUCUUGAGUCUAAAUAUGGACUGGCAACUUUUCGCAACUUCCUCAAAUCAGAAUACAGUGACGAGAAUAUUGAAUUCUGGCUCACCUGUGAGGACUACAAGAAGAUUAAGUCUUCAUUCCGAAUGUCCUCAAGAGCUAAAAAGAUUUAUGAACAGUUCAUCAAAGCAGAAUCACCUAAAGAAAUCAACAUUGACUACCACACUCGAGAGCAGAUCAAAAGAAACGUCAAAACUCCCACCGUGCACUGCUUCGACGAAGCUCAGAAGAUAGUUUACGGGCUGAUGGAAAGAGAUUCGUACCCGCGGUUCCUGCGCUCGGACGUUUACAGAGCACUCCUGGAUAGCCUUGCUGCUGACGCCACGAACGGAUGAAAGCACGGUCGGGAGGAGAGAGGAGAGGACGUUCAAACCUGUAACUGGAAAGCUUGAGCUCCUCCAGGAGGAGGAACUGAAACGCAACGAUCGAAGGAGGAUCAAAUUGUACAGCACACGGACACAGUCUUCACACCUGAGCACAUACACAAGAUGAAGAGGAUUCCCACAGAACGCCACACUCCUGCAGGCUGAGCGGGACCUGCAUGGUUGGAACUUUAUAGAAUGCGCUGGCACUGGACGACGGGACAAACGAACACGUUUAAAUGAAU